AUGCCUCGCGAGUUGGAGUCGGCUUUUGUCGAGCUGGGUCUCACCCAGUACCUAGAUGCAUUCGUCGACCAGGGCUUUGACUCCUGGGAUACCAUCCUCGAUAUUCAAGAGUCCGACCUCGAUGCACUCGGGGUCAAGCUCGGCCAUCGACGAAAACUUCAAAGGCGUAUCGCCAAUGCUCGAGGAAUCGCGCCCAGUGUCGCUUUGGUCUCGACGUUGAAGCCUGGUUCGGAGGAUGCCAAGCAGCAACAACAUAUCAGGCGAGAGAGUACUACUCGCUCUGAGGCUGGCUCCGAGUCCACCAACGGCGUUACUAAGAGGAAAUAUCGGCGUCACCCCAAGCCAGAUGAAAAUGCACCUGAGCGGCCACCGUCCGCCUAUGUUCUCUUUUCGAAUAAAAUGAGAGAAGACCUCAAGAGUCACAACCUCUCCUUCACAGAAAUUGCCAAGCUCGUUGGGGAGAACUGGCAAAACUUGGACCAGGUUGAACGAGAAUCGUAUGAGAAUCAGGCCAAUGCAGCCAAGGACAAGUACCGACGAAGACUCGCCGAAUACAAGAAGACUGCCGAAUAUCGCAGAUACGCACAGUAUCUUCAAGAGUUCAAGGAAAAGCAGAACAAACACAACCAGGCUUCCAAGGCCCAUCUGCCAACAGAGGCCCCCAAAAGGCAAAGGGUAGAUGCCAAGCGCGAUCCCGGUCGACUUCGUCAUGAUAGUAGUUAUGGAAGCACCACGAGCGGCGGUACCAGCGGGACGCUUUCGAGCGGCCUUUCUGGAACAGCAAGCGGGAGUAGUAGCGAGAGACAAAGAGAAAGUGAACCGCCCCCUCACCGUCGUCGCCGAGUCGAUUCGAUCGCAUCCAUCGCCGAAUCCCAAAUGUCCUCUACUGCACCUACGGCGCUUUCGCACAGGAACUCCCUCGACGAAGAUGGAUUGUCGCCACGCCACUCUCGUUUCGAAAGCAACAGCCCGAUUGACGGACGCCACUCGCAGCACUCCGCCACGUGGUAUGAUCGCUCGAACCCCCAAGAGCCUUCAAAGAUACUUCAGCAACUACCAUCACUGUCAGAUAUGCUUGACAAGGACAAACAUAUUGGUAUUAGCGGACGACUCCACCCUACCGGCUCCCCUCCGAUGAUUAUGGGUUCGCCCCUCUCAUACCAAAGUGAAGAGGGCUUGAAACGGACUGGAGGAUCGAAACUGCCCGACACUCGUCCAGCUGGCGAUAGCGCACUGCCGAUACAUGCCCUUCUUUCCAGCCAAGCGGCAUCUAAUUCGCCCUACACCAAAGCCCCUCCAAGGGGAUCCAGCAUGCCCAAUAGUAAGGAUACGCUUGAACACCCUCAUGGAUCGCCUGGCUAUGGGUUUCUGUCCAACUCACCCACAUUCAGGCAUAUGAAGACGGAGCAGUCCGGAGAUGGCGAUGUUGUCAUGACCACCACUGAGCGCUCUCCACUGAGCGCAUCUGGCGAAAAGGGACGCUUCGAUGGCAUGAGUGCCCUUCUUCAAGCCGGCGAAAUUGUUGGCCGUCGGGGUGGCCGUCGCUGA